GCCUUUCCUUCAGGCCGGGCUCGCCACUCCGCCUCGGGAGAGAAGCCCCGACGGCCCCAACGAUCGAGUUCCAAAGCAGCGCCCCCCUCCCUCCGUCCCCGCGUUGACAGGCAGCGAAAGCACAGCCCUCCCUCUUGUACGUACACACAUACAGUACGCCUAGCCCCAAAGAAGGCACGCCAGGAGCAGGGGAAGGAGCCAGCGGCGUCGGUGCAGAAAUAAGGUGGACGCGCGGCUUCCCGCACAGGCAUCAUGUGGGUCUGUUGGUAAGAGGGGUGGGGGGACCGAUCCCCGCUCCUCCGCCCUGCUCCCCCCCUCGGCACGCGCAGCGGCACCCGCUCAGACAAGGAAGAGGAGACGAGGCAGCCCCAGAGGCCGCGGGAAUAAUCAGAUAAUUGAUUGUGAAAAAGGAAAGCAGAAGAAGAAAUAUUUCCUGGCAAGAUGGCCGACUUGGAGGCUGUGCUCGCUGAUGUGAGCUACUUGAUGGCUAUGGAGAAAAGUAAAUCUACUCCGGCAGCUCGAGCCAGUAAGAAGAUCAUCCUACCUGAGCCGAGCAUCCGCAGUGUUAUGCAGAAAUACUUGGAGGAUCGGGGUGAAGUGACCUUUGACAAGAUAUUUUCUCAAAAGAUUGGGUUCCUCCUAUUCCGAGAUUUCUGCUUGAAUCAGGUAGAGGAAGCCAAACCACUGGUGGAAUUCUAUGAAGAGAUCAAAAAGUAUGAGAAGUUGGAUUCUGAUGAGGAUCGAGCAAUUAAGAGCCGCCAGAUCUUUGACAUGUACAUCAUGAAGGAACUGUUGUCCUGCUCUCACGUGAGUGCUUCGGACACUUGCUGCCAUGUGAGAGAGUCUGAAAAGGCCCUUGGGAAUUGGCGGAAAGGCCGCUUCAUAAUCACCUUGAACGAGAUCCUUGAAAAUCCCUUCUCAAAAACAGCCACAGAGUAUGUGCAGACCCGUUUGAGCAAAAAGCAAGUGCUGCCUGACCUGUUCCAACCGUACAUUGAAGAGAUCUGCCAACAUCUGCGUGGGUCUGUCUUCCAGAAGUUCAUUGAGAGUGACAAAUUCACACGCUUCUGCCAGUGGAAAAAUGUGGAGCUGAACAUUCACCUGACCAUGAAUGACUUCAGUGUCCAUAGGAUCAUCGGACGUGGUGGAUUUGGCGAGGUCUACGGCUGCCGGAAAGCAGACACGGGCAAAAUGUACGCCAUGAAGUGUCUUGAUAAGAAGCGUAUUAAGAUGAAGCAGGGGGAGACGCUGGCUCUGAACGAACGCAUCAUGCUGUCUCUUGUCAGCACCGGGGAUUGCCCCUUCAUCGUGUGCAUGUCAUAUGCCUUCCAAACACCCGACAAGCUCAGCUUCAUCCUGGACCUCAUGAAUGGGGGUGAUCUACAUUAUCACCUCUCCCAGCAUGGGGUCUUCUCGGAGACUGAGAUGCGUUUCUAUGCAGCAGAGAUCAUCCUGGGUCUGGAACAUAUGCACAAUCGCUUUGUGGUUUAUCGUGACCUCAAGCCAGCCAACAUCUUGCUAGAUGAGUUUGGUCAUGUCCGCAUCUCAGAUUUGGGACUUGCCUGUGACUUCUCCAAGAAGAAGCCUCAUGCCAGUGUUGGCACACACGGGUACAUGGCACCAGAGGUUUUGCAGAAAGGUGUGGCCUAUGAUAGCAGUGCUGAUUGGUUCUCUUUAGGCUGCAUGCUCUUCAAACUACUGAGGGGGCAUAGCCCUUUUAGACAGCACAAGACUAAAGACAAACAUGAGAUUGAUCGCAUGACUCUCACUAUGGCUGUGGAACUGCCAGACUCCUUUUCACCUGAGCUACGUUCUUUGCUGGAGGGAUUGUUACAGAGAGAUGUCAACCGUCGGCUGGGUUGUAUGGGCCGUGGGUCACUUGAGGUAAAGGAGAAUCCAUUCUUCCAGGGUGUGGACUGGCAGAUGGUUUUUCUCCAGAAGUAUCCACCACCCUUGAUUCCACCACGUGGGGAAGUAAAUGCAGCUGAUGCUUUUGACAUUGGCUCAUUCGAUGAAGAAGACACCAAAGGAAUUAAGCUACUGGAUAGUGACCAGGAGCUCUAUCGCAACUUUCCACUCACCAUCUCGGAGCGCUGGCAGCAGGAGGUCACAGAGACCGUAUUUGAUACAGUCAAUGCUGAGACUGACAAGCUGGAGGCCCGCAAAAGAGCAAAGAACAAGCAGUUGGGCCAUGAGGAAGAUUAUGCUUUGGGCAAAGACUGCAUCAUGCAUGGCUAUAUGUCAAAACUGGGGAACCCUUUCCUUACUCAGUGGCAGAGGCGAUACUUCUACCUCUUCCCAAACCGGUUGGAAUGGCGUGGAGAGGGAGAGUCUCCGCAGUCCCUGCUCACUAUGGAAGAGAUCCAGUCAGUGGAGGAGACACAGAUAAAAGAUCGAAAGUGCAUCCUGCUUAAGAUCCGGGGAGGCAAGCAAUUUGUUUUGCAGUGUGAUAGUGAUCCUGAGCUAGUGCAAUGGAAGAAGGAGCUGCGUGAUGCCUAUCAGGAGGCUCAACAGCUGCUGCAGAGGGUACCCAAAAUGAAACAUAAGCCACGCUCUCCAGUGGUAGAGCUAAGCAAGGUCCCACUGAUUCAGCGCAGCAGCAGCAGUACCAAUGGCCUCUGACCUUCCUUGACUUCAUUUCCCAUCCUUAAUUUAUUCAGCUGGGUUUGCCCACCAUCCCCACCCUCUCUCCUGUCUCUUCUUGCUGAUCAUUGUGCCGUCCACCCAGCCCCCAGGAGUAUAAUGAGGGGGUGGGGUAUUCAGAAAGUGUGGGACAGGUUCCCUCCUCCCCCAUCCCCUCUGCACAUGGGGAUCGAUACCCAUUUCAGGGGUAGGAGUCUGAUAAGGUGGAUAAGAGUCUACUCAUUCCCUACUGAGCAAGGCUGAGAUUAAGGCCUUGCCCCUAAAUAGGACCAACAGGAGGAAAUGUUGUGAAGUGUGCCAGGCAUCUUGAGCAGUUCCUUCCUACAUUCUCAUUGUGGUGCCAAGUGUGUGCCAAGGUAUACAUGAGGAAUACCACAGACCCUGCUAGCUUGGGCCUUGUUCACAUGGCAUUAUGGGAAUACACAUUGUCUAAGAUAGUCCUCUUACACUAGCAGAAAUGAGGAGGAAUCUGCAAGACAAUCUGAAAUCCAGACCCUUUACCUUCCCAUACUGAGCUGUGACAAGGGUUCUACGGUAGACCCUGAAGAAAUCUAUUCUAGUUCUUGCUGGAGAGAUCUGAAGAAUGCAUUUUCAGCCCCCUACCUUUGGCUCAAAGAGUGUUGGGUAGGUGGCCAUUGCUAAGCAUAAACAUCUCUUCCAGGAUUGGCUGGGGUUCCACUCCCAGCUGGGGAUCAGGUCUGGCCUUUAAACAAUUACACUGUAAUAGAAAUUUCUAACAAAAAUAAAAGUGUAGUCCUGUUCUUUCCCAGUGCAUUGUCCAGGUCCUUAACCCUUACUAUAACCCUCUUCUCAUCCCACCAUUCACCAUUCCAAAUCUGGUAUUUCUGACCCGGGACAGCAGCUGCUUCUCCAGCAGCAGCCUUAGGAACUGAAAUCCUUUGCUAUUCCAGGCCUGAUCAGGCAUUCUCAAUCAACAGUGCCAAAUUUAAAGAUGGUUUUUGUGCCUGUCUCAGUUGGCCUAGUGGAGCUUAAGUUGUACUCCCUGUGAGCCCAGGACAGAUCUGGAGACACCCCUGUAUUUGUCCUGCCCAGAAUAUACUAAUGCCUCCAAUUCUUCUCUUUGAGGUGAGGUGAGAACUGCCCCUAUUUCUGCUGUCCCCACUGCCAAAACCCAUGCUGAUUUGCUGUAGAAAGAGGGAGGGGCAGCAGGUUUCCUGCCAAAAGCGAUUUGGAGCUGCCUGAGACUCACUUCAGGGCCUCUUGAGGCUGAAGCUGGACUGCAGUAGUUGGAAACAGCCUGAUCAAGGCCUUGUGCCAACUCCCAAGUGUCUGAAGGAUUCUGUAAAUAAAUCUGUGCCAAGGGGCCAGGGUGGGUUUGAAAAGCUAAGCCUGCUCGUCUCCUCCCUUCCAGUACGCCUUGUAUGAAACAGUGUUCCCUUUCAAGCCCCCCACCCCACCCGCAAGCGUUAUGGUUUCUCCCACAGGAUGGUGAGAAAUCUCAGGUUGAAUCAUCCCUGUACUCUUCCUCCUCCCUUCACUUGCAGUUAACGGGGGUUGGGGUGGACGGCUUUCAGUUGGGGGCCAGGUCUCAUGCCCCAAGCGCAUGCAAUUGCCUCUGCUGCAUGCCCCCUCCCCCCCGUGAUGAAUUUUGCCUGUUCUGCCAUCUGAUUUCCCCCUUCCUUCCAAGGAAGGGGGAGAGGUGGAAUAAAAACCCUGUCCCUGCAGUGUCUGUAAAUAUUGAUCUCUGGUUUGUUUCUCUGGGUUAUUAUUAUGGAUUUUUUGCCGAUUUUUGAAUGUGAUUUUAAUGAGUGGGAUAAAUACUGUUUUUAUAAUAAAAAAUCCAAAACCCA